GGAGGAUAUUUGGUUUGUAUAAAAAUGAUUGCACAGUUUGUCUAUUGGUAGGCUACAUCAAUGAACGGCAAAUGCUGCAAAUCAUUAGCAAAUAAGCCUGCGUAUAUGAAUGCUUGUUAUUUCGAAAGCUUUAUAGCGAUCUUGCAUUAUUCCCUAACUUUCUAAAUAAUAAGUAAAACAUUGCUAUUGAAAACCUUGUUUAAUCUUUCAUUUAUAAAAUGGACGAAAUCACAGAAGAACAGCAGAAAGUGGUUGACGAGUUGAGGAACAGAACCAUCGAUUAUGUGACUCCAAAGAUGUUGGAAGAUGUCUCUCUGUUUUAUCGGUUUGCGAAAGCCCGAGAAUUUAAUCUGGUUCAAGCAGAAGAUAUGCUUAAAAAGCAUAUAGCUUGGAGGAAAGUAAUGCAAAUAGACACAAUACUAACAGAAUACGAGCCACCAGAGGUUCUCGUAAAAUACAUUCCAACAAACGCUUUGUGUUUCGGUAAGGACGAGAGUCUCGUUCGGAUUGUCGACAUCGGUGGGACAGAUCUGAAAGGGCUAUGGAAUGUAUCAACCACAACAGAAUUUAUGAAGUACGUUAUUUAUGUUCUUGAAAAGGAUAAAGAUGAAGUACUGAAGCAAGGCCUCAAACUUGACAAGCCUAUGUAUUCAGCAAUUUAUGAAUUUGAGAAUAUGUUAUAUGCGAAUGCAAUGAGCAUGAAAACUAUCCAACUUAUAGUUAUGUUAAUGCGGAUGUUUGUCGACAAUUAUCCGGAAACAAUCAGACGAAUCGUUGUAAUUAAUGCUCCUAUUUAUUUUGGAUGGAUGUAUAAUGCGGCCAAAAGAGUUCUUCCAGAUUCAAUACUUCAAAAAGUCCGAAUCCAUGGCAAAGAUGGUUGGAAAGAUAAUUUGUUAGAGUUCAUCUACGCCGAUGACUUACCUAUGUAUCUCGGAGGAAAUAAAACAGACCCAGAUGGAAAUCCACUCUGUAAAACCUUUAUUCAUCGAGGCUGUCCUAUACCGAAGAAAUACUAUGUGAGCAAGAGGGUUAAAAAAUUGUCUCUGGACCCUGAUGUUGAGAAAAUCACAGUUGCGCCAUUUUCUAAAGAGGAAAUAACUUUCGAUGUAAAAGAAGAGAAUUCUUUUCUCGAAUGGGAAUUCGAAACAAAACACAGAGAUAUUAAUUUCUCGUUAUUUUUUACUGACGACUCUUUAGAAGAUUUGGAACCUGUAGAAAUCAUUCCUCUACAAAGAAUAGAUACUUCUUUUGAAACCGAGAAAGGAAGCCUCAAAUGUGAAAAAGUAGGCAAAUAUACAAUCCUUUUCGAUAACUCCUUCAGCUGGAUUCAUUCGAAGGAAAUAUAUUACAAAGCUGAAAUACGACCUCCAACAAGUGUUGAUAUUUACGAGGCGAUGUGAUGUAAAUAUCUGUCAUCGUCGGAUAAAAUUCUUCGGAAAUAUCGUGCGAGUUUACAAGUCGAAUAAGAUAAACAUUUUCAUAAUCAGCUUAUUCCUCUUUUGUUGUAUGCAUUUAAAAAUAGGUUUUGUUUUCAAAUAAAUGUGUGUUGUGUUUUAUAAA